AAAUUAUUUCUUUAGCUUUUGAAAACAACAUUUUCUUCCCUAGCUAUUUGUUUUUCUCUAGAUUCUAAUCCAAAAUUCUGGUCAAUUUAACCUUCUUUUCAUCAAAAGAAAAACAAAAGCAAAUUACCCAUUUCAAUACAUAACUUCCUCAACCCAAGUGAUCAAAAAUCUCAAACACCCACUUCUUCUCUCUUCCGCUUUCCUCCAUUUUUUCCUCCAUCUCCUCUAAUAAAAUAAUAUAUAAAAUUCCAAAAAAAAAAGACUAAAAAAUGGCAGUGUGCACAGUAUACACAAUUCCCACAACAACCCAUUUAACAUUCACCCAAAAAAACCAAGUAUACUUCUAUAACACAAGCAGCAAAAUCAGCUACAAUUACAAAAGAGCAAAUAAUAAUACUUAUGUGAUAACAUGCUCAGUGGGUGACUCACAGACAGUUGUGAUUGGUCUAGCAGCAGAUUCAGGGUGUGGGAAGAGUACUUUUAUGAGGAGAUUAACAAGUGUGUUUGGAGGUGCAGGUGAGUCACCAAAAGGAGGAAAUCCUGAUUCAAACACAUUGAUAAGUGAGACUACAACAGUUAUUUGUUUGGAUGAUUUUCAUUCACUUGAUAGAAGUGGAAGAAAAAAGAAAGGUGUGACAGCUUUAGACCCAAAAGCUAAUGACUUUGAUCUUAUGUAUCAACAAGUUAAGGAUUUGAAACAAGGUAAAGCUGUUGAGAAGCCUAUUUACAAUCAUGUUACUGGUUUGUUGGACCCACCUGAACUCAUUCAACCCCCUAAGAUCUUGGUCAUUGAAGGUCUUCAUCCUAUGUACGACGCACGUGUAAGGGAGUUAUUAGACUUCAGUAUCUACUUGGACAUUAGCAAUGAAGUCAAAUUUGCCUGGAAAAUUCAGAGAGAUAUGAAGGAGAGAGGACAUAGUCUUGAAAGCAUCAAAGCUAGCAUUGAAGCUAGAAAACCUGAUUUUGAUGCUUACAUUGAUCCACAAAAACAGUAUGCUGAUGUAGUGAUUGAAGUAUUGCCAACCCAACUCAUUCCUGGUGAUGAUGAAGGCAAAGUGUUGCGAGUUAGGAUGAUUCAGAAGGAAGGAGUGAAGUUCUUCAACCCAGUAUACUUAUUUGAUGAAGGAUCCACCAUUAACUGGAUUCCCUGUGGUAAGAAACUGACUUGUUCUUACCCUGGCAUCAAAUUUUCCUAUGGCCCAGAAACCUACUAUGGCAAUGAGGCGACUGUGGUCGAGAUGGAUGGACAAUUUGAUAGACUAGACGAACUAAUCUACGUUGAGAGCCAUUUGAGCAACCUAUCAACCAAGUUCUACGGUGAAGUCACGCAACAAAUGUUGAAGCACCAAGAGUUCCCUGGAAGCAACAAUGGAACUGGUUUCUUCCAAACUAUCAUCGGAUUAAAGAUCAGAGACCUGUUUGAGCAAAUCGUUGCCAGCAGGUCCGCAACCCCUGCAGCUGCUGCAAAGGCCUAAAGCUCAAGCUAACAGAUAGUUUUCAUCAUGCCUAUCCGAAUCCGAAUCUCAAAAUUUUCCUCCUCUUCAUUCCAUCAGUUACCUUUUCUUCUUGUAUAAGUUAUUUAGGCUACACUGAAGUAAGAGAUGUGAAAUGCAAUGCAAAUGAAAUUCAUAGCA